UCACUAACCUCGUUAAUAUAUCAUCCACACCCUUAUUCUAUACCAUACUUCUUCUACCCUUUUAUCAUAUACCAUACACUUGACUGGAUUAUCACCUUUAUUUUUUUGCGCGGCCUUUCAUCUGGCCCGCUAUUCUCACCAUGGGAAUCGUGAGCAGCAGACCCGAUGAUGGCGCUGCCAUCUAUCUAAGGGAUCAAAAUCGAUUAUCAAUUGCAUCCCUAACCAUUACCUGCCCUCGACGGCGCACGUCCAUUACCGUCGUUCCUAAUGCCUUCCCCGCUACACGGGCUACAGCCUUGCGAUCCUUGGGCGACUCCAGCCCGGUCGAAUUCAUUCAGGACAACGAACCUUCGAACACGCCGAACUUUCUCCUCAAACUCAAUAAUGAAGACGAGCUCGUUUUCAAUUUCACCUUUGUGGUUCGUCAAGAAGAAGGCGUUAGUGGUACUGACAGCCUCAUCAACGGCUUGACUUAUGUAUAUGCUUCGACAAGCAGAGAACUUGAAAACCUAGUCACUCGCGAAUUCCACGCCGACCCAAACCUACAUAAAAAUGCCAAUGUUGAACUUGUGGGCGACUAUUCAACAGGAGGAAGUGCGUCAGUCACAUUCGAGUGGUCGUGGAAGUGGAAGCCGCCGAAGCCCACAGAAGAUGCCGGAGGGGGGUGGAGGAAUGUCUGCAGCUUUGUCGAGUACGAUCAGAGAGCACACCGCCUAGAUACAUUAGCUCGGUUUUCCUUUUGGGUUUCCAAUACUUCGCUUACCCCAACCCAACCAAAUUCCCCCUCUCCCGUUUUUCAAUUAGCAGUACCGCCGAGGAUCCGAGUCCCCUCAUCUCAAUCCGUCGAUUCUCGUAUUAGCGAACAAGACGAGCCUAACUCUCCGGUAAACCUUCAGCAAGACCCAUUAUCCGUGGCGCCUACUAUUGUGCCAGGCUCGCGAGAAUCAGUCAAGGUUGACAUAGCCUGCCCUCGACCUGGCGAAGAUAUGACUGUGAGCGACGAUGGACCAGUCUUCAGGGCCACCAUUAAAGCCCUCGAGCAGAAGACCGGCAACAUGAGAACUCAGAUGAAGAAAGUCUUAAAAAGGGCUGAACAUGCAUACGCGGCUCAGACUGAGGCGAACGAUGCUUUCCUAAGCUUCGUAGAAGCCCUCCGGGAAGCGUCUGGUACGAAUGCCAAUGCAGUUCAACCUGCUAUCGACCAUUACUUUGAUAAAAUUGCGAGGGAAAUCCUUGCUUAUGAGCGGCAAAAUACGGCAAACUUGCAGAAGAUUAUUAUCGACCCUAUAGGUAAACUGUAUACGUACGAUAUCAAACAAGCAGAAUCUAAAAGACGAGACUUUGAAGAGGAGAGCAAGGAUUACUAUUCUUACGUAUCUCGUUACCUCGGCCAACGACAAGAUUCGGCAAAGACCAAGAAACUGGCCGAAAGCGAUACAAAAUACCAGACGAAGAGAAGAAAUUUUGAGCUCAAACGUUUUGACUAUUCAUCGUUCAUGCAAGAUCUGCAUGGUGGCCGCAAGGAACAGGAAGUCUUAUCACAUUUAACCAAAUACGCGGACGUUCAGGCAAGAACGUUUCUAGCUACUGCCCACAAAGUUGAAGGCUUGCUCCCACAACUGGAGGCUUUGGCCAGUGAGGUUCAAGAUGCCGAUAAAGAGUUUCAGUACCAGAGACGUGAACGAGAGGAGAAAAGGCGCGUGCUCGAAAAGAGCAACCUUCAGUACAACGAGCCAGACACCGUGACCUCGGCCAACACAACUCCGAACCACAAUGUCAAUGGCAACCAACACACUUCCGACUCUGAACUUGGCCGGGCGGACAGCACUAGUUCUCAGCUUAAACCUACCCCUACCGGCAAUUCCGGGCCUAUGGUCUCGACAGGGACGGACCUCUCAAGGUCCCCAGGCAGCCUUGGACCUACCUCACUAAAUAGUCCCGUGCAAACGUCGAAGUUCAAGGGUAUACGUGAUUUGGAGGAAAGGGAUUUUACUCAGCUCGCCAAUGCCGACAAGAACUCGACACAUCGCAAAGAAGGACUUCUAUGGGCCUUGAAUCGACCGGGUACUCACGUAGACCCUCUUUCAUUAAAUAAGCAGGGUUGGCAUAAGUUCUGGGUCGUUCUUGACCAAGGCAAGUUGUCGGAGUAUAGCAACUGGAAGCAAAAGCUGGAUCUGCACAUGGACCCCAUCGAUCUUCGCAUGGCUUCCGUUCGUGAAGCGAGAAACGCAGAACGAAGAUUUUGUUUCGAAGUAAUUACUCCUCAUUACAAGAGAGUGUAUCAGGCAACGUCGGGCGAUGAUAUGAAUAGCUGGAUCCUCUCCAUCAACAACGCCCUCCAGAGCGCAGUAGAGGGCCGUGGUCUCAAAGAGAAGCCGACGUCUCCGGGAGAGUCGACUACCAGCCUUAAGCGCGACAUUGGGUCGAUUCUGACUGGAAAGAGCAGCUCCGUAAACCACGGUUCUCAUCACGGUUCUCACAACAACACUUCGUCUGCUCCUCCCUCUCGCCGCACUACGGUUGGGGCGCGACCUGCCAACGCACGAACGCCUAGUUACGACGAGAAUCCUGAUAAACUUCUCCAAAUGCUUCGCGACAAUGAUCAAGGGAAUUGCUGGUGUGCUGAUUGCGGCAGCGGGUCUAAGGUUGAGUGGGUUUCGAUCAACCUCGCGAUCAUUCUCUGUAUUGAAUGUAGUGGUAUUCAUCGAUCCCUCGGAACACAUAUCAGCAAAGUCCGGUCACUCACACUCGACAUCACAUCGUUUACGCCCGAUAUAAUCGAGCUAUUGCUUCUAGUCGGAAAUAGAGUAUCCAACAUGGUGUGGGAGUCAAAACUUGAUCCAAACCUCAAGCCAGGCCCCCAGGCCACUCGGGAGCAACGGUUGAAGUUCAUUACGGCAAAAUACGUGGAUAGAGCUUACGUGGAGCCGAUAUCACCUACUCUCUCGCGGUACCCAACAGCUGAUGAAACGCUUCUCGCAGCUAUCAAACGAAAUGAGAUCCAGCAAGUCAUAUACGCAUUGGCACUGAAGGCUAACCCCAAUGUUCUUGACAAAGUUCGUGGAACUCACCCGGUCUUCUUAGCCCUCGCAGCCGCAGAUCCAGCAUCGCCGUCCCCUGCAACUCCUGGAAAUGGGCGACAAGAUACUGAAGCUCGAGUCGUUCCGUUCCCAAUUGCUGAGAUGCUGAUACAGAAUGGGGCUGAAAUACCCUCAACGAUGCCUGCCUUUCCUCUAAGCCGAAGCGGGCAGAUGUACAUCGAGCAGAAGCGUGGUCGGAAUGCGGCCGUCGAGGCCCUGGGUGCGUCAGUGUCGACUAAUCUAAGUCAUAGCCCGAGCGAACGACUACAGCGCGAUAAGGACGCACGAUUGCAAAAGCGUAUCAGCGCUGGCGGACGGUUGGCAAAGUCACCGAUUCCCGAACGGUAGAAACGGCGGAAGUCAAAUGCUUCCCUCUCGUCCUCAUCCCCUUCGCCAUCUCACUCACAGAAGAACCGGCUCAGUCGACGGAAGUCCAACGUAACAGGGUCAAACUCUUCCUCAUCUACUUCCGAACGGUAGAAACGGCGAUCGAAUCGCUCCUUCUUCCAGAUACCUCGUUUGGAUAUGUCUAUAACUUUACCGC